GAAACCUUUUCGCCUGGUUCUUUGCCAUAAUUAGGGUCGGAGAAAGCAGAGGAAAAGGACUUGAGGGAGAAACAGAGAGAGAUGGUUGUGGAGGUAAAACAAGGUGGUGGUGAGAAGAAAGGGCAGGCCAAAAAGAGAGGGUUGUGGAAGCCAGAGGAAGACCUCGUCCUCCGAAACUACGUCGAGGCUCACGGAGAAGGCAACUGGGCUACCGUCUCUGCCAAGUCGGGGCUGAAGCGAGGCGGGAAGAGCUGCAGGCUGAGGUGGAAGAACUACCUGCGGCCGAACAUCAAGCGCGGGGAGAUGUCGGAGCAGGAGCAGGACCUCAUCGUCAGGAUGCACAAGCUCGUCGGGAACCGGCUUGGCAAUGGCAGGUGGUCGCUGAUUGCUGGGAGGCUACCGGGGCGGACAGACAACGAGGUGAAGAACUACUGGAACACCCAUAUGAACAAGGCUCUUGGUCGCGGUGGCAGCAGCAAGAAGAGAUCGAACGCCAAGAAAUUACCUCGCAGCAACGGUCCCAUGGCGAUCAAUCCUGCAGUAGUGAGCAUUGGAGAACAGAGCAACCAAGCUGUUAUGGCUGCUGCGGCAGAUGCUACGAAUGCUUGGAUUGAAGCUGCACAGAACAUGAACUACUACAUUGACACGCCGGUGCCAGCAGCAGCCAACGACAUGGCGUUCGUUUCAGAUAUGGAGCCUUUCAUGGCGUACUUCGAUCCCUUCCUCUUCUCCCAGACUCUGGAAUUCGGCGGAGAGGCACCCUUUGCCAUCAACCAAGCAUUCAUCUAA